AUGCAAGUUGGUUUUGUUUCUCAGACCAACUGCCGUUCCUUUCCUGCGUGUAUUGUUUUUCUGUUUCAAAUGAGUCAACGGCAACGAUCGUUCAAUGCAAAUCUUCGAGUAUUUAAAAGCAAAUGUAAGAAAAUUUAUAUAGGUUAA